AUGGAUCCGAUAAAAUAUAUCUUUGAAAAGAUUGUUGUUAAUGGUAGAAUUACCCGGUGGAAAAUGUUGUUGAUCGAGUAUGAUAUUCAGUAUGUGACCCAGAAGUCAAUAAAGGGGAGUGUUCUAUCUGACUACCUCGCUCACCCACAUGUCGAGGGUUAUCAGUCGUUGAGGUUUGACUUUCCAGACGAAGACAUUAUGUUUAUCAGAGACUUCACUAUGCUAGGUUUCAAGAUAAGUCCCAAGGAAGAUCCCGAACCAGGAUCGCGAUGGACGCUCAUGUUCGACGGUGCUUCCAAUGCUCGAGGACAUGGCAUAUGUGUUGUUAUCACUUCUCCGACUGGUUUCCACCUUCCAUUUACCGCUAGGUUAUGUUUUGACGACACCAACAAUAUGGCAGAAUAUGAAGCAUGUAUCUACGGUUUAGAGGUGGCCAUCGACUUAAGGAUCAAGAUUCUUGAGGUAUACGAUGAUUUAACUCUGGUAAUAAGUCAAGUAAAAGGUGAUUGGGAGACUCAGGAUAGCAAAUUGAUACCUUACAAGGAGCAUAUCAGAAAACUGGUACCCUACUUUGAUGAAAUCUCUUUUCAUCAUAUUCCAAGGGAAGAAAAUUAG